GGAAGAGUUAAAUUACAAGAGCUUCAACUGCAGCGAGCCACAGCCAUCUCACACCCUUUUCCAGUCAAGUCGAGCCCGGCAAACAGCGGCCGUCUUCGCCUCCAAAUCCAGUUGCAAUGGACGCUCAACGGAACAUGACUGAAGAGUCUCGUCUCUAUCAAACCACCCUUCUUCAAGACGGACUGAAGAAACUUUUGGACGAGAACAAGUUUGUGGAUUGCUCGCUGCAGGUUGGCAGUAAGAGCUUCCCUUGCCAUCGGCUGAUCCUGGCAGCCUGCAGCCCUUACUUUCGUGAGUAUUUCUUCGCAGAAGAAAACGAGAAGAAGAGGGAGGUAGUCCUGGAAGACGUUGAUGAUAAUGUGGUGUCUAUGAUCCUUCAGUAUCUGUAUUCCUCGGAGAUAGAACUGACCGAUGAGAACGUGCAGAAUAUCCUGGCUGUGUCCAGCCGCUUUCAGAUCCCCUCCGUCUUCACCCUGUGUGUCACAUAUCUUCAGGAAAAGUUGACUAUCAGCAACUGCCUGGCCAUCUUCAGGCUGGGACUUCUCCUGGACUGUCCACGCCUUGCUGUCGCCGCCCGCGAAUACGCCUCGGACCGAUUUGAACAAAUCUACAAAGGCGAAGAUUUCAUGGAACUUGCUGCCCAUGAACUGAUCGGUUUGAUUGCGAGCGACGCUUUGAACGUGGAGAAUGAAGAGGUUGUGUUUGAAGCUGUCAUGAGAUGGGUACGGACUGACAAAGAGGACAAGGCCGAAAGUUUGGGGGAAAUAUUUGACUACAUCCGUUUUCGCCUUAUGCCUGAGAAAUAUAUCAAAGACCAUGUAGAGAAAGAUGACAUUGUAAAGUCUAAUCCAGAGUUGAUGAAGAAAGUUCAGACCAUUAAAGAUGCGUUUGCCGGGAAGCUGCCGGAGCCCGCUAAAGGAGGAGACAAAGGCGAAAAGAAAGGAGAGGGUGUCGAGGACGUGGUGAAUGGUGAUGUUGGCGAUGAAAAUCUUCUCCCUGGCUUCCUGAAUGACAUUCCGCGACAUGGCAUGUUCGUCAAGGAGAUGAUCGUGUUCAUCAACGAUACAAUGACUGUGGCCUAUGAUCCAAAUCUAAAUGAAUGCUUUCUGGCGGCAGUCAACGAUAUGAUUCCCAGAAAUCACGUUAGCUUGGUUACAAAGACAAACCAGGUUUUUGUUAUUGGUGGCCUGUACGUGGAUGAAGAAGUGAAAGAACAUCCUUGCUACUGCUAUGUUUUCCAGUUUGACAACAUUGCUGGUACAUGGAAUGGUUUACCACCGCUACCAUCACCCAGAUGCCUCUUUGGGUUAGGAGAAACCGAGAAUUUCCUUUACGUGAUAGGUGGCAAGGAUCUUCAAAAUGAACAGUCGCUGGAUUCAACGUUGUGCUAUGACAUGGCCAACCUAAAAUGGACUCAAUCCAAAGCAUUUCCUCUGAAGAUUUAUGGUCACUUUGUGAUUUCACACAAUGGAUUGAUCUAUGUUAUUGGUGGGAAGACUGAUGACACUAAAUGUGUCAACAAAUUAUUUGUCUACAACCCUAAAAAAUCUGAAUGGAGGGAGCUGGCAGCCAUGAGCAAAGGCAGAGCUAUGUUUGGAGCUGCAGUGCAUCAAAGCAAAAUCUGGGUUGUUGGAGGGGUGACGGAAGAAGGCUUGACUGCUGCCGUUGAAGCGUACAAUAUUGUGAAUAACAAGUGGGAAACAUUUCCUGAAUUUCCACAAGAGAGAAGCUCGAUAAACAUCAUUGAUAUGGCCGGAUCACUCUAUGCCAUUGGAGGCUUUGCUAUGAUUGAACAGGAAAAUAAAGAAUAUGCUCCCUCAGAAUUCACUGAUGUGUGGAAAUUUGAAGAUGAGAAGAAGGAAUGGAGUGGCAUGCUGAAGGAAAUUAGUUAUGGUGCAGGUGCCACCUGUCUUCCUGCUCGCCUCAACAUGUUCAGACUUACCAAAUUAUAAAUUGUAUCAUCAAUAUUGCUUCUAAAUAAAACACAAAUGUUUUGUGCGAAAUUGAAUUUUACUCCACAUAUACAAAAACAACUGUACACAAAAUUGACUUAUACAAAUCUCAAACUGCACUGUUGCUCAGUCCGAAUGCAGUCAAUGAUUUCAACAUGAUGCUAUAAAGGGUGUAGAGUACAUGCACUCUGUAGAAGCAUACAAGUCCUCCCUGGGUUACAAAUGCCUGACUAAUGGGCAGCACAAACCUACAAACAAGCCUUGGGAGACAGGCAAUGUGGAUUUGCUAUCUGCUGCUUAGCUGCAGGCAUCUUCUGCUGGUAGGAACAGGGCGUUUAUAUGUGCGUUUGUCCACCAUCUCACACUGAACCUCAAAAACCACACCGAGCAGACUCGCUCACUCGCAUCUUCCUGCACCUGUUUCCUCUCCCAUCACAGCUAUUUCUCUGAUCCCUUCCCACUCUGUUUCCAUUCAUUUCUCAUUUACAGACAAUUAAGAUGACAAACGGUUCCCAGGAACUGAAUCCUGUCGUGACCAGUGGUGGAUCUGAACCAAUAUGUAAGAUUAUUUGCAAUGCUACACAAAUUAGUUAAGUUGAUUUAAAAGCAAAAGAAAUAUUUCCCAUAUUCUCAAAGUUUACAUCAUAUCCUUUGAAUUCCUCAAAACAUUUUAUAUAAAAAAAAUAGUAUGUCAUUAAAAUUGUGUCUCCUCAGAAGUUUUCAUUCAGUAACUGAAUUUCCUUCUCAAUGAUUGUCACAUUAAAAUAAUAAUAGCUUUCCUAUACUAAUUGUGAGAAUUGCAUUGAUUACUCUGCACCCCCCCCCCCCCAGAUUUAAUCUGAAAGCAUUCAUCCUCCCAGCAUCAGUACAAACAUACAUUCUAUGAAAAAUAUAGUAAUCUCACUCACAAUUUUGCAUAUAUGCCCAACUUCCAAUCAUGGAAUACUUGUUACUAAGAAUUAUAUUUAUAAAAUGACCCACAUUUUUACAUUACAGUGUAAACGGAUUUCAAUGUUUUGAUAAUUGAAUGAUAAUGGUAUGGAAUUUAGAAAUGGCUUAAAAUAUUAGAAUACACUUGCAUUAUUAGGAAAGCCAGUAGAUUUACACGUGAAUGUGGUAUAAAAACAUUUUCAAAGUUUGAUUUAUGAAGAUUAUUCUGCAAAUAUCUUUUGCUUGAGGUAUUCUAUCCAUGCAUCCUUUGUUGACAAUUCCAUGGAAUUCCAUUCAAAAUGAGGUAUCUGUGAGGGCAAUGCCAAGAAAGGCAAGAUUUUAAUAUUUAACAGCAAAACUGACAAAAAUAUCAUCCGAAUAAGAUAUUUGUUUCUUUCUUCCAGUGACCUGUUGAGCCAUUUGUAAAGCUAGAUUUGUCAGGUAACCUUAUUUGCUUCAGCAAUUAUUACCGGUACAACUUUCAGACAUAUUGUGUGAUUUAGUAAAUUAAAAUAUUGAUUUAAA